AAUAUAUUCUAGAAAUGUUCUGACUUUUUCUCAAACGAUGACAACUUUAUCAUUGUAGAAAUGACCCCCUGCGCUGUGUGUGCGUGUGUGUAUGUGUGUGUUGUGGAGUACAAAGUGUUACAUUGGGAAACAUUGGAGUUAACCUUCUCGUUGGGGCUUUAAAACAACACUGACAGGAAACUGAACACGCACUUGUGGAAUGCUGGAGUUGGUCCAUCGCGUGGUUACGCCGUUUCUCUGACAACCGAUGGAUGAUGUCAUCAACCUCUACUUAAGAGUCAAAUGUAGGACUCAGACCCUCCAGACUCAAGUGUGAGCUGGCCGCCAUGGAGUCUUGAAAACCGUGCACUACAGCAUCACGUCGGACGCAUCUCCAACCCGUGGGCCAUGUCGGCCAUCUUGGCGUUGAUGAUGCUCGCUGUCGAAUUUGCUGACGGACGAAGAUUCGCGCUUCCGGCGAUGCCUGUCAAGGAUGGCUGUUUCACGGUGUUGCCAGAGAUUGAGCUGUUCCGUCUGGAGAGCGAGGCGGUGAUGCUGUCGUUUCCCGGGUUCCGGAGUGCCCUCAAAGUACGCGACAUCGUCCCGCCCGACGACGCCUACCGGAUCGCCAAGAACAACCGCACGAGCGUCAUCGAUGGCGGCGAUGACAGCGAGGGCCGAGUCCAGCAGCGUGGCACGGACUUGUGGCUGCUUCCGGCUCGGCCCUCUGACUCGGGCGAGUACACCUGCACGUUCAGAAACGCGACAUUUUGCAUCCGCGGCAGCGUGACGCUGCAGGUGUACGCGUCGUCGUCCGCCGACAUGGACAAACUGUCGUACGAGUACAACGCCAUGCUGGGAGAAAACGUCACGCUCAGAUGUCCCGCCGGGAAUCACCUCUCCGAGACACGCAUCCAGUGGGUCAAGGACUCCAGUGGCGCAGUGGGCCUCCAGGCCCACAGGUGGUGGUCCUUCCGGCAGGAUGCGGGAAAACUGCAGAUCCCGUCGGCGAGGCUUUCAGACGCCGGUUUGUACACGUGUCGACUCCGCGUGCUCGUCGACUUCCAAGAGUAUCGACUUACUGGCACCGUCCGGCUCCUCGUAAAAGGACGUGACCAAAGUGCGACCUCUGAACCUGAGUUAACCAGGCCACCGCUGAUCAUCUCGCCGUUGAACGGAAGCGUCUUGGAGGUCUCGCACGGUUCUGGACUGGAAGUGACGUGCACGGUGCUGACGGAUUGCCACGUGACUCGCUACACCGCGGUGCGGUGGUGGGUGGACGGCAUCGACGUGGACGUGUCCCACCUGAACGGCCGUGCCCUGCAGGCCACGAGGAAAGAAAGCCGCGUGGCGUCGGGCUGCCAGGUGGAGGUGAGGAUGGUCGUCAUGGCGAUGGCAGAGGCAGAGGAAGGGACGGAGCUAACGUGCGUGGCCCAAAACCAGGUCGCGAGACAGGAAGUGACCAUCACUCUCCACGUGGAAGACUCGACGUUGACGUGGCUCGUGACGGCGUGCGUGUCCACUUCCUGUUUCCUGGCGGUGGUCUUCAUCUUCCUCUACGUGCUCGUCAUCAAGCCCAAGCAAAAGGAAAAGAAGAAGAAGAAAGCCGACUACUUCCUGGCACGACAGGACAGCGCCUUCUAAAGCAUGUUGCAGUACUUGUUUUGGUCAACAGGAGGCAGCAACACUGACUACUCUGUAGUGAUGCAAUUUUCCGCACGUUGUCAUUUUGUAGCACACACAUUGACAUAUGAGUUGAGCUCAUUUUGUCAUAUUUUAAGGCUGAAUAAAACAUUAAUUAUUGCACUGGACA